UGCCAUACCAUAACAUGUUUAUAUCAUGUACUGCUGUAGUUAAAACUAGGCUCUUGUGUAUACGAGGUCGCUCUGGCUGAGGUCAAGAUGGGUCACUAAGUGUGGGAAAUUCCCAGCAUCCAAGGUCAGACACGUAAAUGAAUAAGGCCUGAAUCAGAAUGAUCCGAACACAAAACGAGAAAUAAUCCUCUGAUCGCGAAAAGCAGUAGCGCUUACAGGAAAAGAACAUUAAGCAUGUCCGUUAAAGAAUAUGUAAUUUACCAAUAUUAUACAAAAUCAUCACUUGGCGCCGAAAAGAAUGAUUUAUCAACUCCGUGCGCCCGCCGCAAAGAUUGCGAGGGAAAUGUCAACAUGAAUCAGGUUCAAUGCGAUCCAGAGUCUAGUUAUUCUAAAGAACCAUCUUUUGAAGAAGUCAACAAUGAAAAUGAUGUUAAUGAUGACGUGGGAAAGAGUAAGCCUACUGAUGACGUUAGGCCUGCAUGCUCACAAGAAGAAAGUGACUAUCCCGACUUUGAGCAGAGCGUUGCUGUCCGAUUCUAUGACUAUUUGGCUGGCAAAAUUGAAGUCGAUGAAGCAUGUGCUGGAGGACACUUUUCAGAUACUGAGCAGAGUGUUGUCCGAUUUAUUGAUUAUUUGGCUGGCAAAAUUCAAGCCGACGAAGUAAUUUCUGGAAGACUUUCAGAUACUGCAUCGUCCUUAGAUGAUUCGAUUCCUGGACAUUAUAGUGAACUCAUCAAGAGAGACCAUUUGAUGCAUCUCCAAAAGAAAUUGACGAAAAGUUUUUCUGAUUUUGAAGAAUUUCUCAGGAAGGUAGUUCCAUCUAAAUUAAAUAGACAUGGGUGGAUAGUUUUGGCUCCAGGAGACGUUCUAUUUCAUGAAGAGUUCAUUACUUUUUCUGACGCAUACAAAGAAUGGGAAGUACUCCUGGAAGAGAAUGCUUGUGUAAAUUUCCCGUUGAUCCGGAAUUUAGCCACAAAACAUAAUAUUUUUUCUGGAAAGUGGAUGAUUUUUCGACGUGGUUUAUAUGCUGAUCUUACUUGGAUUCGCAUAGCUCGAGCUCACCGAGAGGGGAAGUUAGGUGUUGCAGCGAGGAUUUCUUUAAUACCAGAGAACGAAGAAAUGAAUCAAAUUGAUCAUGUUAUUUUUGUAUACAACUAUGAUUUCAGAGAUAGAAAGGCCGUCUUUGAACUAGAAUCAAAACUACGGAAUAUUGGGAUACGUUGCAGAAUGCUUUAUAAACCAUUGGUGUUUACUUACUGUGACAUUCUCAGCAAAAAUGAGUGGGGAAUGAAGCCGUACAUAUAUAUGAGUACAUACGACGUUAAGAUUACACAAUCCACAAUAGUAAAAACUUAUGAUUAUGCUUAUGACUGGAAUGAUGAUGAUGAUUAUGACGAAGGGAAACACGAUGGCGGUAAUAAUCAAUAAUAAGAUACGUAGACCGACUACAGGCCCUAUUUAAGAUCGGUUGAAGUGUGAGCCUGCAAGUAACAGCCUACUGUGUAAAACAACAUAAAUAACGGAGUUUUGCAUUGUGAAGAAGUAAACAUUGGAAGUGCUUGCGGUACACCACGUAGAUAGUUUUAAAAAGUACUGUUGUUUUGUUCCGACGUUUCGAUUAAUAUGCUUUAGUUGUAAUCAGGAGAAAUAAUUAUAAUAUGAUGGAAAGUGGAAUUUAAGAUUAUAACAUAUGUGUAUUAAAAUAAGAUACGUAUGUAUGGAGAGUACUCUGAACAAAAGAAAAAGAAUGUAUAUUGGAAAUAACGAUGUAUAAGUAAAGCACGUUUAACCUUGGAGAUAAUACUCGACAGUUGUUGUUUUGUUGUUA